UACUGAGGCUUUCCUUGAAGAAACAGCAACUCUUUCUUUAUAUCAAGCAUUACUUGGCUUAGCUUUUCUGAUAACCAAAUACACUAUGGUGAGCUGCUUCAGCAUUGCUGCUGCUAAUCAAGUAUUUAGAAUUCGUUGUAUGUUCAUGGAGUCUAUCCUCAAACAAGACAUUGGAUGGUUUGAUACAAACAAGACCGGGGACUUUACAAGUCGUAUUUCUGGAGAUUUGAAUAAGAUUCAAGAUGGUAUUGGUGAGAAAGUUCCUAUGUGCAUCAGCUCCAUGUCAUCAGCAUUCCUUAAUGUCGGAUGCGGGUUCUACUAUGGUUGGAAACUGGCACUAGUUACAUCCAGUGUUAUUCCUCUUCUUACUAUUGGUUUGACUGUUGUAACAAAGAUUCAAGCCACUGUAUCGAAAGAAGAGCUCGAUGCUUAUGGCACUGCUGGUGCUGUAGCAGAAGAAGUGCUUUCAGGAAUCCGUACUGUGGUGGCAUUUGGAGGAGAGCGAAAGGAAAUUCAGAGAUAUGACAACCAUCUGGCGAAAGCCAGGAAGAAGGGCAUCAUAAGAAGCUUUUUGACAGCGAUUAGUGAGGCAAUUGCUUGGCUCGGUAUCUUUUGCGGUUAUGCGCUAGCCUUUUGGUAUGGCGCUAGACUAAUCCUCGAAGAAACAGAAAAAACGAAUCCUGAAUACAGCAGUGGAACUCUUGUUAUUGUACUUUUUACCAUUUUAUCGGCAUCCAUGUAUAGCGGAUAUUUAUCGCCUUACUUUGAAGCUUUCUCUUUAGCCCGAGGAGCAGCAGCAAAAAUAUUUGAUGUCAUCAACAGGAAAUCUCUUAUUGACAGCAGCUCAGACUGUGGCUUAAAACCUGCUUCACUAUCUGGAAAUAUCACACUCAAAGAUGUGCAAUUCAGCUAUCCGGCAAGAACUGUUCCGGUUUUGAAAGGAUUAUCCCUUGAUGUGAAAUCCGGUCAAACAGUUGCUUUAGUAGGUGCUAGCGGUUGUGGUAAAAGCACUGUGGUACAGCUCGUUCUCAGGUUUUAUGAUGCAGUAACAGGAUACGUAGCACUGGAUGGCUACGAUGUGAAGCAGCUGAAUAUUGGUUGGCUUAGAGAUAAUAUAGGCCUUGUCGGUCAAGAGCCUAUUCUUUUUUCGACGACCAUAGCAGAGAAUAUCAAGUUAGGAAAACCUGGUGCUUCAGAUGAAGAAGUUAUAAAAGCAGCUAAAAUAGCAAACGCUCACAGCUUUAUUGAAGCUCUUCCUCUGCAAUACAACACGUUGGUUGGAGAGAGAGGAACGCAGCUGAGUGGAGGUCAGAAACAAAGAAUAGCUAUCGCUCGAGCUCUUAUUAAAAAUCCAAAGAUUUUAUUAUUAGAUGAAGCUACGUCAGCACUAGAUACAGAAAGUGAAGCGGUUGUGCAAGCAGCACUUGAUGAGGCUAGAUUAGGGCGAACAACUAUUAUCGUGGCUCACCGACUUUCCACCAUUAGAAAUGCAGAUAAAAUUGUGUUAAUUGCCGAUGGAGUGGUUAAAGAAGAGGGAACCCAUGAGGAAUUAAUGGAGAAGAAAGGAAGUUAUUAUCAGCUAAUAGUGGCUCAGACUAAAGAACCCGAUGAAGAAGAGGAUGAUGAGGAUCUAGAAGAUAUUUGUGAAGAUUUACCAGUGCUUGAAAGCCAAAGAAAUACGAAUAUUGAAAUUUCUUUAGAUGAGAGAUUGUCUCCAAAAAAUGAAAAUCAAAUGUCUCAUAAAAAUAUGUGUAUUGGGCGACAAAUUUCAGCUGUAAGUUAUUAUGACAGACAGUCAUCGGAAGAGAGUGGAUUUGAGCGUCAGAUAUCGUCGGCGAGCAAUAAACAAGAGAUACCCAUUGUGGGAGAUGAUGAGAGUGAAGAAGACGAGAAAAUCAAUCCAUCUAAGGUACGCCUUCUUAAAAUUUCCGCGCCUGAAUGGCCUUAUGCUUUGAUUGGUGGAUUAUCGUCUAUGAUUAUGGGUGUUCACUUACCUAUUCUUGGAAUAAUAUUUGGUGAUAUUCUUGGGGUAUUUUCUCUGCCUCCGGAUCAGAUUCCUGAAAAAGUGAAUUUCUUCUGUCUGCUUUACUUAUUAAUAGCAGUAACGGCUUUUAUCUUCAGCUUCCUAGAGACAUUUAUGCUUUCUGUUGCUGGUGAGCGGUUAACAUCGAGAUUGAGAAAACUGGUUUUCACCAAUAUAAUCACGCAAGAUAUAGCUUUUUUUGACCAUCCGAAGAACAGUGUUGGUGCUCUAUGCUCAAGAUUAACAAGGGAUGCAUCAAAUGUUCAAGGGGCUACUGGAGCAAGGAUUGCAACAUUACUGAAUGCCAUGUCCACAUUUAUAGCAUGCCUUAUUAUUGGUAUGUUGUAUAACUACAAAAUUGGAUUAGUUAUUUUUUCCUUUGCGCCAAUUAUGUUGGCAGCGUUUUACUUAGAAGGUCGAGUUAUUAGUGAUCAUUUGUCCAUCGAAGACGAUGCAUUCGAAGCAGCAUCAAAGGUUGCCGUUGAAGCAAUAGAGGGCAUACGAACUGUGGCAUCUUUGCAUCAAGAGGAGAUGUUUUAUAAUAAGUUUAGAAAGGAACUUCUUGAACCUCACAGAAAGUCUCGAUUAAAGUCCCAUGUUAGAGGACUGAUUUAUGGAUUUGUCCAGGCAAUUCAAGCAUUUGCUUAUGCGGCCGGAAUGUAUUAUGGAGGUAUCCUUGUAGUUAAUGGCGAACUUUCGUAUUCGAAUCUUUUGAAAGUAUUAGAAGGAAUUCUGGUUGGCCUCAUGAUGUUAGGAGAGACUUUUGGCUUUGCCCCGGAUUAUCAGAAAGCUAGAAUUGGAGCAGUCAGAAUUUUUAAAAUCUUAGAUCUCAAACCACGCAUAGAUGCAUUUUCAGAGCAAGGAGUAAUAAUGGACAACGUGAAUGGUUGCGUGAAUUUCGAGAAGGUGCGCUUCAAUUAUCCGAGUCGUCCAGAUAUUAAGAUCUUGAAAGGUUUGAACUUGGAGAUUGAGCCAGGAAAAACAGUUGCUCUCGUUGGAAGUAGUGGAUGUGGUAAAAGUACUUGCAUUCAGCUUAUUGAGAGAUUCUACGAUGCUCAACAUGGCCGAGUGAUAAUGGAUAAAGAGGAUGUUAAAGAUCUGAAAGUUUCCAACUUGCGUUCUCAUGCAGGACUUGUUUCUCAAGAGCCAGUCCUUUUCAGUUACAGUAUUGCCGAAAACAUUGCAUACGGAGAUAAUACUCGAGAAAUGGACAUGAAUGAAGUUAUCGAAGCCGCUCGUCAGGCUAAUAUCCACAAUUUUAUAGUUUCUUUGCCGCAGGGCUAUGAUACGUGUCUUGGAGAAAGAGGAACUCAACUUAGUGGAGGCCAAAAACAGAGGGUAGCUAUUGCUCGAGCGCUUCUCCGAAAUCCCAAAAUUCUUCUGUUGGAUGAAGCAACAUCAGCUCUUGAUGCAGAGAGCGAAAAGGUUGUUCAGGAGGCUUUAGAUGAAGCUAGGACUGGAAGAACAUGUUUGAUCAUAGCCCAUAGGUUGACUACUGUUCAAAAUGCUGAUACUAUCUUAGUCCUACAUAAAGGAAAAAUAAUAGAAAAAGGAACGCACCAAGAACUUUUAAGUAAACGGGGACACUAUUACAAGCUGCAAAACAGUCAAGCGGAAAUAUUAAAUUAAAUUGUUGAAAUUUAUCAGCAUGGAAAAAGUUUCUCAUUGCCACGAAUAUACAUAAGAAUCUUAACAAAAGUUCUAGGAAUUUUAUUGAAAGAGGAAACAUGUCUUUCAUUUUAUAACACUAGCGAUUUUAUUUAAAAAGAGCGUACUGGAAUAAAAUCAGAUAUAUUUAUGAAAUGUGUACAAUAGUGAUUCUCAGCUGGAAAAGGGAAUUGCAGAAUUUUUAGCGGGAAUGUUUGUCAGCCUUUUAUUUACCUAUUUAGUCACUGAUUAUGAAUGUAAGAAACUACGUUUACUCAUGUUUUGUUAUUUAUCAACAUUUUCUUGUUUAGUUUACAAAACACAUUAAGAAUGAUCUAAAUUAAAAUAAAUGUAUAUGUAUUUUUGGAACGGAAGGGAGAAUUGAUUAUCUAGCAAUGGUGAAAGGGGUGCAUGGGGCUAAAAAUGUUGAGAACCCCUGAUGUACAUUGUUCUAGAAUUUCUGUAAUUUGUGCAUUUUCGGAUCCUUCUAUGUUUCGAGCGUUUGUACAUUUUUUUACAAUAAUAAAAUAAAUGGAUAUUUUUUUAAUUGUAAUUUAUUAAUAAACGAAUUAUAAAAUGUCA